AUGAGUGUCCACUGUUACGCUGAUGAUACCCAACUGUAUCUCAGCACCACUCCAUCCUCCCAGCUCCCCCCUCAGUCUCUCAUCAACUGCCUGCAUAACAUCAAAACAUGGAUGUCUUCCAACUACCUUAAGCUGAACAGCAGGAAAACAGAGCUCAUGGUUGUGGCACCCAAGGCCCUGCUCCAGAAGGUUGGUGACUUCAUCCUCGAGGUUGACGGCUGCUCCAUCUCCCCAUCUCCUGAAGCCUGCAACCUGGGUGUCAUCCUCGACUCCACCCUUUCCUUCCAUUCCCACGUCAAGUCUGUGACCAAAUCGGCCUUUUUCCAUCCAAGGAACAUUGCCAGACUCCGACCGUCACUCUCGGAAUUGCAGACCGUCUAUGAAGGCAGGAUAUACAGUCUGAAAAUAGAAUGUGGAAACAGAUACCCAGAAUGCCCCCCCCAUGUCCGCUUUGUGAACAAGAUUAACUUGAACUGCGUACACAGUUCAAAUGGUUUGGUGGACUUAAAGUCGCUGUCAGCACUGUGCAGAUGGAAAAACUCCCACAACAUCCGGAUAGUGCUGCAGGAACUCAGACAGCACAUGAUGAUGAAAGAGAACAACAGGCUCUCCCAGCCGCCCGAAGGCCAGGUGUUUAGCAACUGAGGCGCGCGCACACUGACACACACACACAAACACACACACUGACACUCUCAUACACACACACACAUACUCAGUGACACACACACACACACACACACACACACACACACACACACACACACACACACACACAUAUACUCAGUGACACACACACUCAGCGACACACACAGCAUAAUAGUGUGCUACUUUCAAAAUAUACCACCAUUAUGUUUCCAAGACUCCUCCCUCAGAACCCUCCCAUUGGACGUAGAGGGAUGUGCACUCAGCGCCCAUUAAAAUAAAAAUAAAAACCCAGAGCAGACAUUACAAAACAAAAAUACCGUACAUCUUACUAAUGUUCUUUUUAUUAUCUUCAUGUGUGUUCUACAUCCAGAUGAUGACAUAUCACAGAUCCUGAUUGAGUCCACCAGUAAUGUGUGUGUGCUGGACUCUUCACAAGUGGUGUCAGUUAGUCCCUCUUAUAUGGGUGUUGUGGUGAUGAGUUUGAAUCAGCAAAACAAAUGUACUUCUGUCACUCCCAGCAAAAUGUUGAAUGUGGGGUCAUUCUGCAGCGUACCUCAGCAUCUUGCAGAAGGCUGAAACAGAUUCCCUAGAGACGAAAUCCUGCACCCACCACGAUGCUUUGCUUGGUCUCCCAGGCUGCAUUAGUAUGUAACUCCCCAGCUUCCGCAAUCCCGACGAUGUGAAUUUCACGGGCCUUCCUUAACAGUGCAUGUCCGGUACAUAGGAGCAGACUGCUACUAGACCUUUAGCAACGUAUGUAUCAACAGCACUGCUGGCUCAUCACUCAUGUUCUCAGACUUGUCCUCUGUGUGCCAUAUGGUUCAUAGUGCUUUGUGAUUGAUUAUUAGCAGCCAGUGGGGUGGGGGGGGGUUUUCUUGUGCUCAGGAUCACCACUGUACUGUGGCCUGAGCCGAGCAGGAGGAGGGGCUGCGAUUUGUUGUGUUUUUGGUUUCUUCAAUUUCCAGGCUGACCUUCCUGUGUAUACUCCACUGAACGCAAUGUACGGCUUUGGAUGUUUUAUUUUAUAACAGGUUGAAUCUAAUCAGGGUAAUGGUGACCUGUUGCAUGGUUUUAUUUGAAUUAAACGUUAUUACUUUU